AUGCGACCAUGCCUCCGGCCAAUCAUUAAGGCUCCAGCUGCUGUCAGACAUUCUCUCGUAGGAUCGAAGCGCCCUUUUUUGCCAUUCAUCUCUUCUUCACCUUUACGCCAUGCUUCGUCAUCAAGGAGCGUCGGUACCCUGGAGAAGAGGAUAUCUGAGAUACCACUGGACCGCUUCCGAAACUUCUGCAUUGUCGCCCAUGUCGACCAUGGCAAGAGCACCCUCAGCGACCGGCUGCUCGAGCUCACGGGCACCAUCGAGCCGGGAGGGAAGAAGCAGUUCCUGGACAAGCUCGACGUUGAGCGCGAGCGCGGCAUUACGGUGAAGGCGCAAACUUGCAGUAUGCUGUACAACUACAAAGGAGAGGACUAUCUGCUUCAUUUGGUGGACACCCCUGGCCACGUCGAUUUUCGGGCGGAGGUGACGAGGUCAUAUGCUGCUUGUGGGGGAGCUUUGUUGUUGGUAGAUGCCAGUCAAGGUGUUCAAGCCCAGACAGUGGCAAAUUUCUACUUGGCAUUCUCACAAGGCCUGCAUUUGGUGCCUAUCAUCAAUAAGAUCGAUCUUCAAUCAGCCGAGCCUGAGCGAGCCCUAGAACAGAUCCGGGAUACGUUUGAGCUUGAUCCUGAAAAGGCGGUCUUGGUUUCCGCUAGGACUGGCCUACAUGUGGAAAAAAUACUUCCCGCUGUCAUUGAGCAAAUCCCAGCACCCACCGGCGACCACCUCAAGCCUCUACGGAUGUUGUUGAUCGAUUCGUGGUAUUCUACAUUUAGGGGCGUUGUCCUACUUGUCAGACUCUUCGAUGGCCAGGUCAAACCAGGGGACCACGUUGUCUCCCUUGUUACCGGCUUGAAAUACAUCGUAGGUGAAGUCGGCAUCAUUUACGGGGAACAGACCCCGCAAACGACGCUACGGGCCGGCCAGUUGGGCUAUAUCUUUUUCAAUCCAGGGAUGAAGCGGAGUUCCGAAGCUAAAGUCGGAGAUACGUAUACCACUGUUGGUUCGGUGGUAUCUCCUUUACCUGGCUUCGAAGAACCAAAAGCAAUGGUUUUUGUGGCUGCUUUCCCAACAGAUCAGAGCGAAUACUCACAUCUAGAGGACAGUAUCAAUCAAAUCGUUCUCAACGAUCGGAGUGUUACCAUACAGAAGGAAUAUUCGGAAGCUCUAGGAGCUGGUUGGCGACUCGGAUUUCUGGGAACACUCCACUGCUCAGUGUUCGAGGACAGGCUGCGGCAAGAACACGGCGCAAGUAUCAUCAUUACACCCCCAACGGUGCCAUUCAAAGUCAUCUGGAUUGACGGACAGGAGGAGAUUAUUCGCAAUCCCGCCAACUUCCCAGACACAAGUAGCAAUACUGCUCGGGUGGCUGAACUUCAAGAACCCUACGUCUUAGUCACUGUGACCCUCCCGGAAGAGUAUUUGGGCAAAGUCAUCGAGCUUUGUGAAGGCAACCGGGGUGAGCAGAAGGAACUUUCGUUUUUUACGACAACGCAAGUCAUUUUGAAAUACGAACUUCCACUUGCUCACUUGGUCGACGAUUUCUUUGGCAAGCUCAAAGGUAUUACCAAGGGCUAUGCCAGUCUUGAUUAUGAGGAAUCGGCGUGGCGUAAAAGCAAUAUCAUCAAACUCCAACUGCUAGUCAACUCGAAGCCCGUGGAUGCUGUCGCUCGCGUUGUUCACAUCAGUCAGACCGAUAGACUGGGACGACAGUGGGUCGAGAAGUUCAAGAAUAACGUGGACCGCCAGAUGUUUGAGGUGAUCAUACAGGCAGCAGCCGGAAGACGGAUCGUGGCCAGGGAGACCAUCAAGCCUUUCCGGAAGGACGUUUUGGCAAAGCUGCACGCAGCUGAUGUGAGCCGGCGAAGGAAGCUCUUGGAGAAUCAGAAAGAAGGUAGAAAGAAGCUGAGAUCCGUCGGUAACAUCACAAUUGACUCUAAGGCUUUCCAAGCAUUCCUGGCCAAAUGA